AUGCCCAAGAGAAAACAAGAUUCAGACGACGAUGGAAACGAAUCUUCGUCGUCAGACAUUAGCACUGUAGAGGUUUCCUUUGAAUUCUACGACCCCAACCCCAAGAUCGACUACCAUGCGAUAAAGCUUUUGUUCAAGCAGCUCUUUCAGCGGGAUGUGGAACAGCUACAUACACAUGAACUCACCGAACUUGUGCUCUCGCAACCCACGGUUGGUACGACCAUCAAAACGGACGGAUUGGAAAGCGACCCGAUGGCACUUUUCACGGUGCUCAAUAUGCAUCUCCAUCAUCAAAAUACUUCUAUCAAGGCCAUCGCCAACUACUUGUUGGCCGUGACGGAGGCGCACGAUCCGGCGUUCCACGCAACUCUCAAAGCCCUGUUCUCACAAUCCCAGGCGCACGUAGGCUUGGUGCUCUGUGAGCGGUUGAAAAAUCUUCCCGUGCAAGUCGUCCCCCCAAUGUACCAGAUGCUGGCGAAUGAGGUUCAAUGGGCUAAUGCAGAUGGAGAGCCGUAUCAAUUUACGCAUCUGUUGUUCAUUUCUCGUGUAUACCACCUCACUGAAGAGGAAGAAGCUAUACUCGCCAACACCGCCUCCAACAGACGCGACAACUCCUCGAAAAAGCAGAAAAAGCACCGUCCUCCUCACGAGGAGAAUGCCAUGGCGAGACCUGCAGAUGGAAUAUACCCCUACCACCCGGAAGAUGAUAUCCUUAUAAAAUCCGCUCAGCACUGGUUGAAUUACCCUUACGUUGCUCCUUUACCACCACUUAUCCAGGAAGAGCGAAAGCAUGACACAUUCGGUCUUGAUGUUCGAGGACGCAUCAUUCUCGUACCCGGAGGGGGCGAGAUGCUGAGAGAACUCGGAGCAAGAAUGGACGAUGUUUUCUCCCUUGGGAAAGGAGCCCAGUGA